AUGGAUGUGACAUUUGAGCCUCAGAGAGGAAGGGCCUCCUUCUCCAUUGAAGUUGGUUACUUCGACACUGUCCUGGAGAUCAAAGAAAAGGUUCAGAAAUACCAAGGAAUACCCGCUUCGCAGCAAACCCUAGUCUUGAAUGGCAAGGUCCUCCACGACGAACACGACGUUAACUACUGUGAAAUCCUAGACCAAUCCAAAAUCCAGCUCAUUAUCAACUCCGAAUCCGAUAAACAAACUAGCAAUGCCAAGAUGGAAGACUUAUCCCCGCCGAAGAAGGUACAGCUCAACGUGAAGACGCCAACGUCCAAAAUGCAUGUCCCCGUAGAAAUGGACCUGAACGACACUGUGUCCAAGUUGAAGGAGAAGAUUCAAGGCGUGGAGCCUAUUCCUCUCAGCCGUUUGGUGCUGCAUUGCUCUGGUAACGAAUUACAGGAUCACCGAUCAUUGCGUGAAUGUGAGAUUUCCGACAAUGCAGAGAUCGAGGUGAGCUUGAGGCCAUCCCCUACAGCUUCAGCUGCCGGCGCAAUGGCGGUGUCCCCCGGGUCAAAAAGCAAAUUGAAGCUGAUGGUCCUGCCCAAAUGCGGCACUAAAAAGAUUCCGGUGGAGGUGAAUGCAUCGGAUAAUGUAGGGGAGCUGAGGAAGGAGCUGCAGAAGUUGCACCAGAGGUUACAUUUCCAUCUGCCGCAAGAGAGUUACUUCUUCAUCUAUAAGCAGAAUGUGAUGGACGAUGACAAGUCGUUUAGAUGGCACCAUGUCGGGCAGGGUGAUACUAUUGAAAUUUUCAAUGGGAGCGUUACCGGUGGAUCUUAG